CGGGCCGGGCCCCGCUAUUUGUACCGGAGCGGGGUCGAGCUCGCCCCAGUGCCCGCCGCUGCCCGCACCAUGCCGGGGCUCCGCGCCUCACUGCCCGCCUUCCUCCUGCUCCUCGUCCUUCCCCGUGGCAGCCCCGCGGCGCCGGGCGCCGGGCAGGAGCUGGAGCCCGGCAGCCGCUCGGCCGCGGCGGCGGCGCGGGUGGCCCUGCAGUACCGCAACUUCCAGGCGGGAUCCCUCGGCGAGCUGAGGGCGCUCGGGCAGGUCCGCAAGGCUACGCUGAAGAACAUCCCAGAGUCUGGCCACAAGUAUUACCUGCAGUUCAGCACUGAGGACUACAGAACUGGGGAAGAUGCUGGGAGCUGCCUGGCUACAGUGCUGUAUCCAAAGAAAAAGUCUCCUCCUGUUGUCAGCAUCAAGUGCUCCCACACCAAAGACAAGAAGGAAAUCCAGGAAGAGGACAACAGACUUUACCAAAGGAUCAGGCACCAAACCAAACCAAUAACUGGAAACAACAUUCCAGACAGCUAUGGCAACAUUGAGCCUGCCCUGGAGCCAGUGUGGGCUCUGGCUGUGGCUGGCAGCAGCUCCAUCAUGUGGGAAAAGUCCACGGAGACCUUGGGAUACUUCCUGGCCCAAGUGAAGGCUGUGAAGCAGUGGAUGAGGAAAGAUGAUUUUAUUGAGUUUGACUACACUGUCCUACUGCAUGAAAUGCCAACCCAGGAAAUCAUUUCCUGUCACAUGCGCCUGACGUGGCUCCCCGGGCACCCUCUGAAGGUGAAACACUUCUGUGCUCCUGAGAGCCACGGCCUGGACGAGGGAUCUGGGGCAGAAUCUGGAUCAGCUGCUGAGGCUUCAGCUGAAAAGGGAGGAACUUCUUAAGUGAAAUCCUCGGUUUUGGAUGUGGAUCCAACGAGCUAAUCCUUGUGUUGACAGACCUGGAGCUGGGAUCAUCCUUCCAUGCAAGUCAGUGAAUGGGAAUGGUUUCACUGACCUGUUCUGUGCCAAAAUUAAUUCCUGUCACUUCUUCAACUGCAAGACUCCAGUUCUGCAGCUCUGCCUAAACCUCUGCUACUCCAUAUAUACACAGAUGAACACACCCCAGUUGAUUUGAUGCCACUAAUUAACUGUUACUCAAGAGUUUGUAAACAAAAUUAAUAUAUUUGGAUAAAAAUCGUGAGUAAAGUGUUAAUCUGUCACUAAGAAAUAUUUGCCUACUAAUUUUUUAUCACUUUUUUGGGUUUGAAUCAUGCUGAUUUUAAACUCACACCUCCAAUAAACCAAGUACCAUCA